GGUAAAUUUUCACGUCGCUGUGUGAUGUUGCUGAUGACAGGGGCAAAACAACACUCCGAGAGCUGCCCAUGUUAACAAUAUUAGUCGCUACAAAAUACGCCUUAUCAGCUGCUUGUUGUCUGAUGUUAACACAGUGAAGAACGGGAUGUAGCCAAUAAAAUGGAGUAUGAUGAGAAACUUGCACAUUUCCGUCAAACUCGCCUCAAUCCCUUUGAUCGUGGAGAAGAGGAAGAUCAACCUGAAGGAGGGAAGGCAACUCAGCAACAUGAAGCAAGCUCUGAGCUGCUUUCUGGGACCAAAACCCACAGUUCUGAUCGCACCAUGGACCUCGGCCUAGCUGAGGACCAUUUUUCCAGACCUGUGGGUUCCUUUGUGGCUUCGGACAUUGAACAGCUGAAACUGGCCAUAGAAGAAUGUAAGAAGCUGAUCUUGGAGCUGCCGGAGCAUUCGGAGAGACAAAAAGACACUGUGGUCAAACUGAUCCAUCUGCGACUUAAACUGCAGGAACUUAAGGACCCGGAGGAAGAUGAGCCUAAUCUGAGAGUCAUACUGGAGCACCGCUUUUCAAAAGAGAAGAGUAAGAGCGUGAAGCAGACCUGUGACAAGUGCAGCACCAUCAUUUGGGGUCUAAUCCAGACCUGGUACACCUGCACAGGAUGCUAUUACCGUUGCCAUAGCAAGUGCAUGAUCCAGAUCACGAAGCCCUGCGUCCGGUCAAAGGUGAGCCACCAGUCGGAGUAUGAACUAAGCAUCUGCCCAGAAAUAGGACUGGAUCGACAAGACUACCGCUGUGCAGAGUGCCGCAYUCCUGUCUCACUGAGAGGCGUUCCCAGCGAGGCCAGGCAAUGUGAUUACACAGGCCAGUAUUACUGCAGCACGUGCCACUGGAACGACACGGCUAUCAUUCCAGCUCGGGUCAUCCACAACUGGGAGUUUGAGCCUCGCAAGGUUUGUCGUUCCUCCAUGCGUUACUUGACUCUCAUGAUGCCUCGACCUGUGCUGAAGAUGAAAGAAAUCAACCCACUGCUGUUCAACUUUGUGGAGGAACUGGUUGAGAUCAGGAAACUUCGCCAUGAUAUCCUCUUGAUGAAACCUUAUUUCAUUACCUGCAAGGAGGCGAUGGAGGCUCGGCUGCUGCUGCAGUUGCAGGAUCGCCAGCACUUUGUUGAAAACGACGACAUGUACUCACUACAGGAUUUGAUUGACAUCUCCACUGGGAGGCUGAGCUGCUCCCUCACUGAGAUCCACACAACAUUUGCCAAGCACAUCAAGCUAGACUGCGAGCGUUGUCAGGCCAAAGGCUUUGUCUGUGAGCUUUGUAAGGAGGGAGACGUCUUGUUUCCGUUUGACAGUCACACCUCGGUGUGCCACGAGUGUUCUGCCGUCUUCCACAGAGACUGCUACUAUGACCACUCUACCACCUGUCCACGAUGUGCUCGAAUGACUGACCGCCAACAGGAUGAGGUGGAAGAAGACAAAUGAGCUCAACUCCAGGAAGAAGCACAAGAUGUUUUUUUAACAUGUUGACUCUUAGUCUCUCCUAGUCGGACCAAACUAGCUUCCCGUCUUGGUCUAUGUAUGUUUGACUUGUUUUGUUUUUGCCUUUUUCUCUUCUGUGCACUACAAUGUGAAACGGGGAACUAAAACAUUUAGAACCUGGUGUACAGAGCGCUCUUGUGCGUCUGAGGUGAUCCGGUGUCCCUGUUGGAAUAUUUGUGAACAUGGCUGCUGGUGUAAGUUUACAUUUCAGUUCCCUUUAGAACAAUUUCUUGACAUCAGUCGAAGAUGACGCCAGAAAAAACUAUGUAUUAAUUUUUUUGCAGCUAAAGUAAGGCCCUUUAAUAAAAUGUUUUGAUGUAUUAAGUUCCAAUUCCCUGCUUUCAAUUACAAGAUGGAAAAAUGUUAGCCAUCAUAAAUAUACUACUCAUCUUCUUGUUUUGUGAGUUUAAUUUUUUUUUCCAUAUAAAAGUAAAAUUGUGUGCUCAAUAUCGAUUAUUGUAGCAAAACUAAACAGAAAAAUACGGAUUUGAAUUCUGUUCCAAUUCUGCAGGUUCUUUCAGAAUAUCUUCUUUUUUUUUCAAAUCAAACCCUAAUAAUCUGUUUUAAAUAGUUUAUGAAGUCUUUAUAUAAACACAACUACAGGGCAAACAGCAAUAUUUAUUUGAAUCAUUCAGUUUGCAUUUAUUCUCAUAUCUCUGACUUUCUAUCAAUAAGUUAGUAGUGGAAUAAACUUUAAAUCUUAUAAUUUUAUUAGAUUAAAAAAGUCAUUAUAACAAUACUCUGAAUCUGCACUAACAGGUUAACUGAAGCAUGCCUCUGCAGCACAGUUUGGACUAACGGAGUUAAUUGCGCUUCUGUUAUUUAAAUCUGAACUCAUUCGUACAUUCAGGAUGUAGCUAAUUGCUGGGAUGAUCAGCUGCUGCAAACAUUUUAAUGUCAUUGUGUUGAUGGUUUCAGUCUUAUGCUAUUGAGAACAAGUUUUGUGUAGACACGAUGAGUUUAUUAGGUGGCAAUUUUGUUAAAGUGACCAUUUGAACAAAGUAUUUGUUUUAAAAUAUCAAUGUUUUGGAUGUGUUAUUUUUUUCAGCAGCAUGAAGUACUGUAAAUAUAUAGUUGUUUUUUUUAUUUUUGACCUUAAUGACCAUACAUGCUGUUGGUAAAAUCAAUGCCUUGUUGUAAGACGACUGAUCAGUGCAUGGAAUAAAUAAACUUCCUGACUAAUGUUU